AUGCUGGAGACGGACGCUGAGAAGCCAGGGCAGAUGCACUCGGAGGACAGGAAAGCGGCGGCAGGUGAUGCUCCUCCAGCUGCAGAGGCAUCAGCUCCGGCCGAGCCCUGGGAGGCUCUGGGAGCCACCCAGGGUCCUCUCCUGGCAGAAAAGCAGCCGGGGGCCACCGAGAAGGGAGAGGAGCAGCCCAGCUCCCUGCCAGCCUUUGUCAUCCCCGAGCUGCGGCUUGACAGCACCUUCAGCCAGAGUGCGGCAGGCAUGGUGGGCAGCACCACGGAGGGUGAGGAUGAGGAGGAGGAUGAGGAGGAGGACGAGGAGGAGGAAGAUGAGGAGGAGGAGGAAGAGGACAGUGACGAGCAGUACUUGGAGAGGAACGAGGUGAAGCGCAGCAGCAUGAUCGAGACGUCGGGCUGUCAGCCCGUCUACACGCUCAGCGUGCAGAGCUCCCUGCGGCGCCGGACCCACAGCGAGGGCAGCCUGCUGCAGGAGGCCAAAAGCCACUGCUUCACCUCUGACACCACCCUCAACUGCUCGGACAGCCAGGGCACCAAGGGCCACUGGGCCCUGCCCUCCCCCAGGACCAUCAAGAAAGAGCUCACCAAAAACGGCGGCUCCAUCCACCAGCUCACCCUGCUGUUUUCGGGCCACAGGAAGCUGAGCGGAGCUGACCCUGAAUGCAGCUGCGACGAAGGGGACGAGACCUCCCGCAAGAAACAAAGCAGGAACCUGUAA